AUGUCAUCUUCCUCGCCUUCCUUCAAGUCUUUGGGCUUGAUAGACCCAUUACUCGAAGCCCUCCAGCAAGUCAACUUCACCACUCCCACCGAUAUCCAAGUCGAGGCUUUACCGCACGCAUUAGAGGGACGAGAUAUCAUUGGUGUCGCAUCUACGGGAUCUGGCAAAACCGCUGCUUUCGCUCUACCGAUCCUGCAGAAGCUAUGGGAGGACCCGAAAGGCUUAUUCUCAUGCGUUCUCGCACCAACGCGCGAACUUGCGUUCCAAAUCUCCCAGCAGUUUGAAUCAUUAGGCUCAGCUAUGGGCGUUCGGUGUGCCGUCAUUGUCGGUGGUGUCGAAACCAUCGCCCAGUCUGUGGCUCUUGCAAAGCGACCGCAUGUUGUCGUUGCAACACCGGGACGACUUCUAUGGCAUCUCGAAAAUACCAAGGGCUUCAGUUUGAAGGGGAUCAAGUUUUGGUGCGGUGUUCUGGACGAGGCUGAUCGGCUUCUCGACAUGGAUUUCGGUCCAGUGAUUGAUAAAAUAUUGAAGCUCGUGCCGACAGAGAGGACCACAUACCUGUUCUCGGCUACCAUGACUUCCAAGGUCGCCAAGUUGCAGCGAGCGAGUCUGUCCAACCCGGUCAAAGUCGAGGUUUCGUCAAAAUACCAAACAGUGUCGACAUUGUUGCAGUACUACCUGUUCAUGCCUCUGCAGGACAAGGACACGUACCUCGUGGCCAUCGCCAACUCUAUGGCCCAGAGCUCCAUGAUCAUCUUCACGAGGACAGUGCACGACGCAGGCCGAAUUUGUAUAAUAUUGCGAACACUGGGUUUGCCUGCUGUUCCCCUUCACGGACAACUCUCGCAGAGUCAGCGAUUGGGUGCAUUGGGCAAGUUCAAAAGUGGAAGCAGGAAAGUGCUGGUGGCCACGGACGUAGCUAGCCGAGGGUUGGAUAUACCAUCGGUGGACGUUGUCAUCAACUUUGAUAUUCCGACGCACUCAAAAGAUUAUAUCCAUCGAGUCGGACGAACAGCCCGCGCAGGCAGGGCAGGGAAAUCGAUCACCCUGGUGACUCAGUACGACGUCGAACUGGUGCAGCGCAUAGAGAAGACGAUCGGGAAACAGAUGGAACUCUGGGCAACUGAUCCCGAAGAAAUCGCACUUCUCAAGGAACGAGUGAACGAGGCGGGGCGGCUAGCAACGGUCGAAUUAAAAGAUCAGGCAGCCAAUGGAAAGUCUGGAAAAAAGCAUCCUCGAGAUAGCGGCAAAACACGGGCCGAUGAUCAGGACCGAGACGACGACGAAGUCGAAGCUGGGAUGCCAUCCAGGAAAAAGAAAAUGAAGCGUAGAUAG